AUGUCCGAUAAUAUAAAGAAACGUUUACCUAUUUAUAAUGAAGAACAAUUAAUAAAAAUGCUUGCUGAUAUAUCACCACAUAGACCAAUAACAUUAGCUGAAGCAAUAGCCUAUGAAUAUAUUCAUCUCGAUGAUCCAAAAUUAGGUUUAUCAAAUGAUACAAUUCAACGUAUGAAAAAUUUAUUUCGUCCAUUAUCAUAUGAUGAUGAAUCAACAUGGAAUUUAAUACGUAUUAAACGUUCAGGUCAAUAUUUAACUGAUUUUAAUCUUGCUGAAACAAAUUCAUUUGAAAAAUUUCAUUUAUCACAACCAUUUAUAUAUCAAUUACAACAAUCAUUUGAACCAAGAUUUGAUUUAACUGAAAAACAAUUUCGCUCAUUAACUGAAGCUAUUUUAAAUAAUAAAGAUGAAUAUUCGAAUUUACAAUUUAAUAUUGGAAGAUCAUUAAUGCCACCUGGUGAUAUGAAAGAAUCAUCAACCAAUGAUUUUAGUCAAUCCGAUUCUGGCUAUUCAGUAACAACAGCAACAUAUGAAAGUUUAGCAAGUAAAGUUAAGAAUGAAUUUGAAGCAAUAAAUGAACCAAUAACUGUUCAAUCUGAUACAUCAGAUAAAAGCAUAGGUCAAACUAAUAGUACAUAUUCAAAAGAGAUCAUAACGGGAACAGUUCCAGAAACAGAAGAAAAUUUUGAUGAUAAAAAACAUGAUUUAAUAAAAAUAUCAUCAAAAGCAAAUGUUACAACACCUAUUUAUAUGAAAAAACGUAAAUCAACUGGUUUACUUUCUUGUUUUGGAAAUAAAAAAGCAAAAGCAUCAAUAGAACAACAUAAACAACCAAUUAUAAAACCAUCAAUUACUCUAGAUAAUAAUCAACAAAUAAAUAUUCCUAUUCAAGAAAAAUCUACAAUUGAUUAUACGAUUUUACCUGAUGGUAAACGUAUUUAUAUUGAUGUUUUUCGUGAUCGACCUGGCCUUGAUAUGUCGUAUAAACCAAAAGAUUUCGAUACUCAAUUCGUUCUACCUGUUACAAAAUUACCCAUUGAAUAUGAAAGAUCACUCACACCUGAAAAUACAGAAUUACUAUCAACUGCAAUUGACCAUACACCAAUUGUAAAUUUAGAAGCACGUUUACCAACUAUCGAACCAAUGAAUAUUCAAUCGGAAAUAAUUGAAGAAAAACCACUUGUAAAAUUAGAUGUACAACAACCAACAAUUCAAUCUGUAGAUGUUCAAACAAAACCUAUUGAAGUACAUACACCAAAAGUUGAAUCAAUUCAUGUUCAACCUGAAAUUGUUGAACAUAAAACAAUAGCACAUUUAGAAGCACGACCAGCAACAAUUGAACCAAUUGAUGUUCAAUAUGAAAAAACAUCAAUUGUUGUUCCAUUAACAAAAACUGAUGAAUCAACUGUUUCAAAGCCAAUUAUAAAUUUACAUGGUGCAGGUGUAGAUUUACCUAAAGUUGAACUAGUUAAACCAGAACUAUUACCAACAUCAGCUAUAACAAAAGAAAAACAUAAAAAAACAAAAGAAGUAACUACAACUGAAAAAACACCUAAAGUUAAAAAAUCAACUGGUGGUUUAUGUGCAUCAUGUUUUGGUGCAAAAGCAGCUGAAAAAAAGAAAAAAGAAUUAACAUCUGAAACCCGUCCAGCACCUAUUGAACAGAAGAAAGUAAUUGAACAAGAAAAAAAAGAUGAUAUCCCAAAAACAACAGCUAUCUUAUCAACACCAACGAUUGAAUCAAUACCAAUACCAGUAUUACCACCAAGAACAGACGAACAAAUUACUUUACCUAAUGUUGAAAUCGAUAAAAUUCAAGACGAAACUACUGUGACUCUUCCAAAAUUAGAAGAUCGCCUAGAUGCAACUAUUGAAAAAUUAGUACCAAUUGAAGAACCACAUUAUCAAUUACCAUCAAGCGAGCCUGUGCCGCCAACUCAAUAUUCAAUACCGGAACCAAAUACAUAUGAUACUCCUCGUUUAACUGAAACACUAACAAUUGAAACUAGUGCAAUACCAACUUUUGAAACUAGUCAAAUCCCAACAACUGAGACUAGUCCAUUACCAACAAUUGAAACUAGUCCAAUAAAUACAGAAGAGAAAAUUCUUACAAGUGAAAUAUCUCCUGAAAUUCCAAUAGUCGAAAUAAAAAAACCUGUUGAUGAUAUUAUUCCAUCAAUAGAACCAAAAAUUGAAUCAACAAUAGAACAAAAAAUUGAAUCAACAACAGAACAAAAAAUUGAAUCAAUAAUAACAACAAAACCAGAAACAAUGCCAAAUGUUGACAUAAAUGAAUCAACUAAAAAAGGUUCAUAUACGUUGCCAACAAAAAAAUCUAAAACUAAAAAACCUAAAGAACCAAAAGUUAAAACUGAAAAAAAGUCAGGUCUAUUUUCAACAUUGUUUCGUCAUGGUGAUCGUAAAUCAAAAGCACCAGCACUUAAUUUACCAUCAGUUGAACAAGAUUUAACACGAACAAAUGAAAUACAUACAAAUGACAAUGAUCCAUUACAUGUACCAAAUAUUGAUUUACCUAAACCUAAUGUAUCAUUACCAAAUUAUGAUCGACCUGAAGUUGAUAUGACAAGUGGACAAAUAAAACAAUCAUCAGAAUUUUCAAUACCAGCUGUUCAUUUACCACCAGUACCUAAUUUAAAUUUACCCGAUAAUGAUAAAUCAACAAUUGAUACAACAAUUGAUCCAUUAAAAGUUCCAAAUAUUGAAUUACCUGAUCUUCAAUUAAAUUUAAAUGAACAAGAAAAUAUUAAAUUACCUGAAAUACAUUUCAAAUCGGAAAAAGAAACUUUACCUCAAGUUUCAUUGUCUCUUGAUCUUAAAAAUGAUAAUAAAAUAGAACAAUUACCAACAGUUACAGAUGAUUUAGCAUUAACAUCACCUAUUAAUGAUUCGUUAGCAAUUCAAACUGACGAAAAAAAUUUUCCUAUUGAAAUAGAUUCAACAAUUCCAGAAUUACCUAAAAUACCUUCGGAUGAAACUGAAACCAUAAUUAAACCAGAAUUAUUAUCAACUGAACAAAAAUAUACAAUUACGGAUACACAUUUUGUACAACCACCGGAAUUACCAACAAUAAUUAAUAAACAAACAACUGAAAAUAAUGAAAUUAUACCAAAACUUCCUGAUUUUACAUUUCAAAUACCUUCAACAGAACCUAUUCCAAUUUUAUCAAGAGAUAUAAGUUUAUCUCCACCAUCAUUUGAAAAUGAUUUGCCAACAGAUAAAUCACAAAUUGUUCCAGCUAUUGAAAUUUCAACAUCACCAAUCAAAUCUACUGAGAAACAAAAGAUUGAACCAAAAGUUGAAAUUAAAAAAAAAUCAUCAACACUUGCACUUUGUUCAUGUUUUGGUAAUAAAUCAAAUGUACAAAAAAAUAAAACACAAACUAUUAUUGCACCUAAAACUGAUUUACCAGAAGUUAAUAUGCCUAAUCCAUCAUCAAAUAUAUCUUCAACAUUAAAAACAAAAGGUUCAUUACGUGCACCAAGUAAUGAUUUACCAAGCGUUGAUUUAACAUUACCUCAAACAGAAUCAGUUCGUUUACCAACAAUUCAUACAAAUGAAAAAAAACGACAAGCACCAAAAAAACCAAUUGUUAAUGAAGAAAUUGUUUUAUCACAACCAGUUGUUAAAAGUUCAGAAGGUGUUUUACCUACUACCACUACCACAACAACAGCAGUAAAGGAUGUUCAUGUACAACACACUGAUAUUAUUCGCUCAAUUGAAGUUAAAACUGAUGAAGAACUUUUAGUGCAACCAUUGGUUUUAGAAAAACAAAUUGAAGAGAAAAUUGAUGUUCCAUCACCUACUGUUUCAUCAAUCGUUAUUGAAAAACAAUUAGACGAACAAAUUAAUGUUCCACCACCAACUGUUAUCGAAGCACCAGUAAUAGAAGACAUUAAAACUGAAUCAAUUACUACAACAACUCCUAUUGAAAAGCAAUCAGUAGAAGAAAUCAAAGAUAUCCAAACUGAAUCGAAAAAAGUUCCAUCAUUUGAAAUAAAAGCACCAGCAUUACAUAUUCCGGAACUUGAUUUAUCUAGUCCACCAAAAACUGAUGCGUACAUAUCAUCAAUAAAACAAGAAGAAACAACAACACAAUCUCGUUCAGACAGUGGUCUUGAAGCAAUAAUUUCAUCUCAUAUGCAUCCAUCAUCAACAUUUGGCACAACUCAAACAAUUGAAGAUCUUAAUCAACAUCCAUCACUUAGUUCAGGUUUAGGUAGUGAAUUAAUUGAUAGUGUAACAACAAAAGAUUCAACAUUACCUAAUAUUCAACAAGAAAAUUUAACAACAGAAUCAAAAGUUGAUAAUAGUUUAUUAAAACAUGAUUUUACUCGUAAAAUAACUAUGAAUGAUGAAUUACGUGCUAAAUUAUUAUUUCGACAAGAUAAAUUAAAAAAAUGUUUAGAAGAUGAAAUAUCAAAAUCAAUUGAUGAUUUCGAUACAAAAAAAGAUCAUAAAGCUUUAAAUAAAAUACUUACACAUGCUAUUGAUUUAAUUAACGAGAAAAAAGUAACAACAUAUCCUGAAUUAAAACAAAAAUUAAUUGUUGAACAUAAAAAUGAUGCUUUUAUUGUUGAUCCUGUUGUACGUUCACUUUAUUUCACUAUUGAAAAACAAGGUUUAGAUAAUCUUGAUAAACCAGAAUUUCCAUUGGCUAUUCGUGAUAUGGUUCGUCUUCCAGCUAAACAAACAUUUGAGACAGUAGCACAAAUUAACAAAGAUGUAACAAAAGAACCUACUAAAAUAUCUCAAGAUCAGUCGAAAAAAACUUCAUGUUUAACAUGUGGUCAUUCAAAAUCGAAAAACAAAACUUCAUCAACAACACCUAAAACAACAAGCACAACAACAACAAAUACUGGUUUACUUGAUGAACGUCGUCGUUUACAAUUAAAUACACAUCGUAAUGAAUUAGGUAAUAUUUUACGUGAUCAUAUUCAAUCAAGUCAACCAUCAAUACGACUGUUUUCUGAACAUUCAAAAGAAAUCGAUAAAAUAAUUCGUAAAAGUUUAACACUUCUAAAUCAACCAAAAAUUCUUUCUUAUGAACAAAUUCGUAAUGAUUUAAAAACCGAAUAUAAACAGACAUUUUAUCUUGUUGAUCCAAUAAUUGAUAUCAUACGUGAUACAUUUGAUCAUUGUGAUAUAACACAAAUGAAUGAAAAAAUUAAUCUUGAUAUAUUAGAUUCAAAUAUAACACAGACAGCUAAUUUAUAUAAUCAAGUAUAUAAUCAAACAAAUUUAUUAACAACAGAAGAAUAUAAUUUAUUAAAAACUAAUCAAUUACAAUGGUUAAAUCAAUAUUUAAUUGACAAUGAAUUAAAAACGAAAAAAAUAACAAAAAAACAAACAAAAGAAUUACAAAAAAUAUUAAAUCGUGCAUUAGAAUUAUUGUCAUUAAAUUUAAUAUAUUCAUGGGAUGAAUUAAAUUCACAAUUACGACGUGAAUUUUCUAAAGCACAUGAUUUAUGUGAUCGUUCAAUUGAAUUAAUAAAACAAGCACAAAAAGAUGGUUUAUUAUUAUUACAACAAUCACCAAAUACAAAUCAACAAGAAUUAACAUCAAUUAAUGUUAUUAGUGCUAAUGGAAAACGACGCGCAUCAUCAUUAUUAACUGAACGUGCUAAACAAAAUAUACAGACAAAUCGAAAGAAAAUUAUUUCAUCAAUAACAAAUUUAUUAUAUGAUUAUAAUAAACCAUUAUAUAAUGAAAAUCAAAUUGAAACAUAUGUUAAUAAAACAUUUCAUUAUUUAGAAGAAAAAAAAAUCGGAGAAUUUAAAACUUACAAUGAUUUAAAAGAUAAAUUAAAAAAAGAUUUUAAACAUAAUCAUGAAAAAUUAAUUGAACAAAUCGUUGAUGUUAUUGAACAAGCACAUGCUACUAAUCAAUUUGAUGAUAUUGAUAAACCAGAAGUACAAACUUUAAUGAGAGAUCGACUAGAUGGAAAACCUUUAGUUAUUAAAGAAAUGUAUGUUUCAUUACCACCACGUGCAGGUGCUUAUGGAACAUCAAAACAUUCAAAUGAUGAAUCUUCACGGUUUUUAUCAACAUCAGUAAAUGGGGAUCAAACAAUGAAUAGUAGUUCAUCAUCACAUCGUGUUGCUCGUGGUCUUAGUUGGCGUGAAGCAAAUGAACGAGCUAGAAUUUUAUUUUAUCGUGGUAAACAUCCAGCUAUACAUUAUGAUGAACAAGCAGCUGGUUUUGAUGUACGAAUGUUACUUGAAACAACAUCAGGUGGAACACAAGAAAUACCUGUUACAGACAGUGAUGUUCAUGAAUUAUUGAAUUCAUGUGGUGUUCAAUGGGAUGGUGUUAAUAUAAUAUCAUUAGUUGAUCAUAGUGAAGAUGUUGUACGUGCUGCUGAACAGGCUGCAUUAAAAGUAAUACGUGAAAAAGGUCUUGUCGAUUUACGCACACCACCAUCGACAAGAAAUAUGGAUGAUAAUGAUGAACCUUCGUCAUCAUAG